UUUUAUUUGACUAAGUGAAGCUUCAGUAUGGUGUUUGGCCGGCACUUCUCGAGCCUGAUAGCUCUUCUGUAUACCAGCGCGGGUGUUCUAGGGCACCCGGCUUGCGAGAAGGCUCCGGCUGGUGACUGCACAUAUCCAUCUCUGAUCAAUGCAACAUCAGAGCAACUCCAGGAUGGUCUGAAUAAAGGAUGCUUCACGAGCGCUGAUUUAGUCAAAGCAUACGUGGAAAGAAUCCACGAGGUCAACUCGACACUGCACAUGGUGCUAGAAAUCAAUCCAGAUGCGAUACAAAUUGCUCAGAGUCUUGACAAGGAGAGGAAGAAUGGCAACACUCGAGGACCACUACACGGCCUUCCGAUUCUGGUCAAAGACCUGAUAGGCACAAACGACAAAAUGGAAACGGCUGCCGGCUCGCAUGCACUUGUUGGCGCAAAAGUACCCGAAGACUCCACCGUCGUGGCCAAACUCAGAGAAAGCGGCGCCAUCAUCCUCGGCAAAACAAGUCUCUCAGAAUGGGCGAACUUCAGAUCAUCAGAUUCAUCUGAUGGCUGGAAUGCGAGAGGAGGCCAGACAUAUGCCGCCUAUAUUCAAAACCAGACUCCCAGUGGAAGUUCUAGCGGCAGUGCCGUUUCCGCUGAUUUGGGCCUGGCUCUAGCAACGCUUGGGACGGAGACGUAUGGAAGUAUCCUGUGGCCCAGCGAAAAGAGCAACAUCGUCGGAAUCAAACCAACCACCGGACUGACCUCACGGCAUAUGGCUAUUCCAAUUAGCGAGCGUCAGGAUACUAUCGGACCCAUGGCCAGAACAGUGAAAGAUGCGGCAAUGGUCCUGCAGGCUAUUGUUGGACAGGAUCCCAAGGAUAACUAUACUCUGGCCUCGCCAUUUGCAACUGGUUUUCCGGACUAUGUCGCGGCGUGUAAAUCAUCCGGAUUGCAAGGAAGACGAAUCGGGAUUCCUCGCAACGUUGUUAGCCAUUAUGGCGGUAAAGACAACCCCGUCGUAUCGGCAUUUGAAGCCACCAUCUCGGAAAUAGAAGCCGCAGGAGCAACUAUCGUUGAGGACGCCAACUUCACGGCUUAUGAGGAGUCCAUCUAUUCACAAAUGCACAGCAAAAUGACGGCUUUGGAUUUCAUCAGUAACAUCGCAGACUACCUUUCCGGCCUGAAAACGAACCCAAAUAAUAUUUAUUCCCUGAACGAUAUCCGGCAUUUCACACAACAUGAACCCCUGGAAGAUUACCCAGAUCGCGACACGUUCUUAUGGGACUUGACCCUAUCUGUAGGUCUCAACAACACAUCCCCGGAAUACUGGCCAAUGUACCAGGAAGUCCUCAGAGUCGGUGGUGAUGGGGGUAUCCUAGGCGCCCUCACGCGGCAAAACCUAGAUGCUGUCAUCUUACCCACUGCAGUCGCUCCUGAAAUUCCAGCCAUGGUAGGCUCACCAGUCAUAACAGUCCCACUUGGUGUAUUGCCAGAGGGAACGCCUGAAUUAAAGGACCGCGGAGUUGUGUACAGUGCUCCUGGGAUUCCAUUCGGGAUUAGUUUCCUGGGAGCGAAAUGGAGUGAAGAGCAGCUGAUUGGGAUGGCGUAUGCUUUUGAACAGAGGACGUUGAAGAGAGAUCAGUUGCGACGCAUCAUUGAGCCAAAUACGGAGUUGAGGGAUGUCUUAUAGACUUAGUAGCUAGUCCUCGUUACUUGGGAAAUGCCGGCUCAUUGCUUGGGGAGCUGUUCUGUACAUAGAGGUAAUUUGCAUUCUGCAUUGCAUAAUAGCAUGAGUUAGAAUAUAGAAACAGAGU